AUGAAGACCGAUUUUAAGUUCUCGAACCUGCUGGGGACGGUCUACCGCAAAGGGAAUCUGCUCUUCACCCCCGAUGGCAACAGCUUGUUGUCUCCUGUCGGCAACCGGGUGACCGUAUUUGACCUGGUCCAAAACACAACCUAUACGCUGCCGUUCGCCCACCGAACAAAUAUCGACCGGCUAGAUCUGUCGCCCAAAGGCAAUCUGUUGCUCACCGUUGACCAGAAUGGCCGCGCUAUUCUUUCGAUCUUCCACCGCAGACUGGCCAUCUAUCAUUUUUCCUUCAAAUCGCCUGUUACUGCCCUGAAGUUCUCUCCGUCAGGCCGCCAUUUUGCCGUGGGCGUCGGACGCCGGCUACAGAUAUGGCAGACGCCGUCGGUCCCCGGAACCGAUAGCAAUGGUGAGGUGGAAUUCGCGCCGUUUGUGCUCCACCGCGAUCUCGCGGCGCAUUUCGACGUCAUUCAGAAUAUCGAGUGGUCUAGCGACUCGCGCUUCAUCCUCACCUCCUCCAAGGACUUGACGGCAAGGGUAUGGAGCGUGGACCCGGAAGAAGGAUUUGAACCGACGACGCUCGCAGGCCACAGACAAGGCGUGAAGGCAGCGUUUUUCUCGGCAGAUCAAGAAUCGAUUUACACCAUUAGCCAGGAUGGGGCGCUAUUUAGGUGGGAGUACGUUGCCAAAACCGACCCGGACACUAUGGAGGAGAUCGCAGAUGCCCGGUGGAGAAUUGUAAAGAAGGACUUCUUCAUGCAGAAUGAUGCCCGAGUCAACUGUGCUGCUUUCCACGCGAAAACAAACCUCCUAGUUGUCGGUUUCUCCAACGGACUGUUUGGCUUAUACGAUCUUCCGGAUUUCAACAUGAUCCAUCUUCUUAGCAUGUCUCAGAGCAACAUCGACUUCGUGACCAUUAACACUUCCGGGGAAUGGCUGGCUUUUGGGUCGUCGAAACACGGCCAGCUGCUCGUCUGGGAGUGGCAGUCGGAAUCGUAUAUAUUAAAGCAACAGGGCCACCUUGACUCGCUGAAUUCACUGGUCUACUCACCAGAUGGCCAGAAGAUUAUUACUACUUCAGAUGAUGGCAAAGUCAAAGUCUGGGAUGUCAAAUCCGGCUUUUGCAUUGUGACUUUUACUGAGCAUACAAGCGGUGUCACUGCGUGUGAAUUCUCAAAGAAGGGAAACGUCCUGUUUACUGCCUCCCUGGACGGGUCUGUGAGAGCUUGGGAUCUGAUCCGCUAUCGAAACUUCCGUACAUUUACCGCGCCGUCUCGCCUAUCAUUCUCAUCCCUUGCAGUGGACCCUAGCGGCGAGGUGGUUUGUGCCGGGUCUCCGGACUCGUUCGACAUCCAUGUCUGGUCUGUUCAAACUGGUCAAUUGCUUGACCUCUUGACAGGCCACGAAGGCCCGGUCUCAUCACUUGCAUUCGCUUCUGACGGGGACCACCUGGUGAGCGGAAGCUGGGAUCGUACGGUGAGAAUUUGGAGCAUCUUUGGACGGUCUCAGACGAGUGAGCCGCUGCAGUUACUAUCCGAUGUUCUCAGUGUAGCCUUCCGGCCAGAUGGAAAACAGAUUGCUGCCUCCACACUGGACGGUCAACUGUCCUUCUGGUCUGUUUCCGACGCUGUCCAGGAGGCAAACAUCGAUGGACGCCGUGACGUUUCGGGAGGGCGCAAGAUCUCUGAUCGUCGUACCGCCGCCAAUGCGGCAGGCACCAAAUCCUUCAAUCGCAUCACAUACAGCGCUGAUGGGAGCUGCCUGCUUGCCGGUGGUAACAGCAAGUUCAUUUGCCUGUAUGAUGUCGGGAGCGGCUCAUUGGUCAAGAAGUAUACCGUGUCUGUCAAUACUUCGCUCGACGGCACCCAGGAGGUCUUGAACAGCAAAGACAUGACGGAAGCCGGCCCUCGCGGAAUGAUUGACGAAACCGGUGAAGCUUCCGACAUUGAGGAUCGGAUUGACCGUACCCUCCCCGGUGCCAAGCGCGGUGAUGCAGGCGCCCGUACCACUCGGCCUGAGGUCCGCGUCACUUCGGUCGCCUUCUCUCCCACGGGCCGUGCAUUCUGCGCCGCUUCCACGGAGGGAUUGCUGGUCUAUAGCUUGGAUACGGAGAUUGUCUUCGAUCCAUUUGACCUCGAUAUCGACAUCACUACAUCGAAUAUCCUCGCUACCCUGGAGGCCGCCAAGAAGGCAUCUACGUCAGGCACUGCCGAUGAUGAUGAUGCAUCAUACCUUAAGGCCCUCAUCAUGGCCUUCCGGUUAAACGAAGCCAGACUGAUCCGUGUCGUGUACGAGGCUAUCCCUGCAGGGGAUAUUCCUCACGUGGUCCGAUCGGUUCCCACCGUUUAUCUUCCUCGCUUCCUGCGGUUUGUUGCCCAUGCAGCCGAUGAGACCCCCCACUUGGAAUUCAACCUGCUAUGGAUCGAGUCUCUUCUGAGUGCUCAUGGUCGGUACUUCAAGGACAAUUCGGGCACUUUGGCACCAGAACUCCGUGCCGUUCAGCGUGCCAUCGAUGACAUCCAUGCCAACCUGAAGAAGCUCACCGAUGAAAAUCGUUAUACCCUGCAAUACCUCCUGUCGAAGCCAAUCAUGCCUAGCAAGGGAAUCAAUGGUGCAGCGGCACAAGAGCCCGGAAUCAACCUUGCUCUCCAGAACGCAACUGACGAGGUCGUUUCCGACGCUGCAGACGAGGCAAAUGAAGACGAGUGGAUGGGUUUGGAGUAA